AUAAUGAAAAAAAAAACUUUAGUCUGCUACCGAAAGGGAACUCCUGAAAAUGGCGUGGGGGCUCGAGGAAGAAAACGGGGACGUUUAUGUAGUUAUUAACGGGAAGAAGGCGAUUAGCAUUGAUACACAUGAUGAAUAUGGUAAAAUAGAGUUUGUGGACCAUGGGAGAACAGCAGAUGAAAUUUGGAUUCGUUUUGCUGGAAGCAAACAGGGGAAAAGACUGCUUAGAUCAAAAUAUUCACCAUGUAGUGAAAAUGUUACAUUAAAGGAGUUGGAAAACUCACAGAGUACUUCGGAUUUUAUCAAGAAAUUGGAGGCAUUCUCUAUUGGAAAAAAGAAAAUAACACCCACGAAAGGAAAAAAGAGGCGUUCAAAUCGCACGGCAAUACCAGAGGCUUCUGGUAUUGCUUCCCCUAAGGACACCGUUUUGUCCUAUGAACAAGAAAUUGUGCAUGACAAAAAAGUUGGUUGCUUCCAAGUCAAAGAAAGGAGACUUACCAUUGCCCCAGAUGAGUACAGGUGUAGAAACAUUGAUGGAAAGUGGGUAGCCACUUUGAAAAAAAGUAUUCGGCAAGCGCCUGGGAGGAUCAUCACUACACUACCCGCGCUAUUAGAUCCAUCUGUGGUUAAAGAUCCCGCUGAAUUUAAGAAAGACAACAUAGAGGACUUGGGCAUCCCAAUCUUCCUCCUAGGCGGGAACCAUUUGCUCACUGCAUGCAGAGAGAUUAUGCAGGAGGAGCCCGCAAAUGAUAUUUUGUCAGAAUACCAAAAUUUUGAAAUUGAGCUGUAUGUUGGGCUAACCCCAGAAGAGGCUAAACUUGUGGGGAACAUCCAUAAUCAAAGAUGUUCAACAAAAACAUUACAUUUCCAAGAUCAAGUCCGCCAAGCGAGAUCGAUUUAUCUCAGGGAUGAAGUUGGGGACCAGUGGAAAGACACCACUGCAGUGAUUCUGUCCCAUAUACAACAAAAGGAAUGUCUCAAAAGCAGUUUGUCCAUAGUUUAUGGGGUGGCCUCAUACUCUGAACAGGCAUAUAGAGAGGUGGAAAGAAUUUUUGAGCUCUUUGGAAGCUUAGAUGUUCCGAAACAGUUGUUCAGAGCUCUUCUGGGAUUCGGUGAGGAUAUUAUUACACGCUAUUUAAGAAAUGUUGAAAUUCCUCAUGACCUGAAGAAAGUUACAGAUAUUGUCCUGAAGGAGAAAAAAAGAGACGUCCUUAAGAGUGUAUUUUUGAAGCGGACAGGUUGUGAAAGUUGGGAGAUGGCCGAGGAAUUGUACGAGCCUUACAUCUCUGCCGUGGAUGAUUACAUUGACAUGAAUGUCAACAGGAAGUAUAUUCCCACGGGUUUCAUUCGGGCCUGUGAUGCCGCUAGAGACAGUCUGCCUGCCCAGAACAUCACAGUAAGCGUUUCGGUGACUGUAGAGGUUGACGGCGAGGAAUUGGAGGAUAGGCAAGUGGAGGCAGUGUGUGGAGAAGAGAAGAGAAAAUUUGAAAGUGUUGUUAAAAUGAAAGUGAAAAAAAAUGAAUGUUAAAUCUAUAGAUAUAAAUAUCGCAUCAUGAUUUUGAUGUUCUUUUCUUUUUAUUACAUGCAUGUAGUAUGUUUUCCAUGGCGAAUUAACAAUGUAGAUUACCACUUUCCAGAGUAUUUAAGAGUUAUGUUAAGGCAGAGAUUUCAAGCAGCGCCCUCAAAUUUUAAAAACAACAUGGUUUUGGAGUCCAAAAACAAGCUCACUUUUGUUCAGUCUCAUUUUUCCUCCAUUUAUCCCUAAAUAGGUCCCUGAUUGAAAAAAUGCGGGUGAAACCAUCAUGAUACUAGUAUUACGAUGUUGAAAAAUAAACAGCGUUACUAAGCGUAACCUGUUGUUGUGCGCAAUAAACAUGCAGUUUUUUUCAAUGGGUGGCACUGAAGCUCUCCGAUCUAUCAAUAUAUAUAUUUUUUCGGAGAGCUACAGACCUGCAGCUAACAGCAAUUAUGAGGAAUGUUUCGUUGUGGAAAGAGUCAAAGAAUAUGUUAGGAACACGC